UUUAAGUUAGAAUUUUAUAUUAAUUUUAUGCCUUAAUAUUUUAAAGACCAUUUUAGAGUCAAAGUACCCAAACUAUGGUUGCCUGUUUGCCCUUUACAAAGGUGAGAGUGUUACUGCUGCAAGAUGCGUCAGCUGUCCAGCACCUUGCUGAAGUUAAGUAGGAAAGGCCCCAGAAGACAGAAGCCAGCCUGUUGUUGGCUCUGUGUAAGGAAUAGAGAGCUGAGGAAACUCAGGUGUUUGCCUGCUGAAGCUCCAGUCUUCCUUCUUGGAGAACGAAUUCUAGAAAUCUUUGAAACAACCGUCUCCUAAAAGUAAAAUUGAUCCACGUAAAUUCACCUUCUAGGAAACCGAAGGGUCAGUUCUUUGCAUCAGGGAAACAGGACUGAUGUACCUUACACAGGUGCUCUUGGCUUUCACUACUUCCUUAUUUUAAUUUAAAAGCUUAAUCUAGCAAAGAGUGUCAAAAUUUACUAUUUAGGGAUUAUGAGGAGAUGAUUAGAUGCUUUUUAAUUUUUUACUUUUGACUUGAAAUGUCAUACCAGAAUUUUGCUAGACUAAUAGGAAAAGUAAGUUAUUUUAGUUGUGUUAACUUUCAAACUGUUUUGGGGAAAUAUGCAAAACUGUCUUAAAGUACUUAUAUUUUCUUACAAAGGACAGGAAGCCAUUUUAUUGAAGAAAUGUUCUCCCAGGUCUAGGUUGCAUAUGUUAAUGCAUAUUAACUUAAGAAGUAAGUAUACAACUAGACUUAUCGGGGGAUGGAGUGUUGCAUAAUUUAAAAAUUAUAAAAAGUAUCAGAACUAAGAUUAUUCAACUGGAUUUAAAGCAAGCUGUUAUCUUGAAAUGCGGUUGCUUUCUAAUGCUGCAUCGGGAAGGAUUCUCACUUGUAGUCUCAGCAUUUCACAGCAGCAAAGAUUUAACAGGCUCAGUAUUACUGAGGUCUGCCCCCGAGGGUGCCUGUUUUAUUUCACACCAUGUUCCCAACACCUACAAUAGUGUCGGUGCGGAAGAGCUGCCCCAUGGAUAUCUGGCAGUGAACACUUUGGACUUUACUUUUGAGCUGGUUCCUUUGCAUGCUGCUUAUUUGAUGACCUGUCACCAAUUGUCUGUAGAUUGAAUUUAUUUCUAUUUAUCGUGUUGUGAGCCAGCCCAUGGUUUUGUUCUUAUAGUCUAAUUAUGGGAAACUGGAAAUAGUACUGAAAGCUGUUGUGUUUUUCAGUUAAGUAGUUCUGUGUGGAAUAACUUUGUAGCAAUAGGAGCGUUCACUACGGAAUGAAAGAGGUAUUGGAAUAAUGUUGGCAUGAUGCCUUUUUGCUGAUUACCUAUAGCUGUUGUGCUGCAGGCCUGAUGUGUGUGUGAGUCAGGCCUGUGCUACUGUGUUAGAGACAGAAGGAAGGGCUUCCUGUACAGGGACAGCAAGUGAUUGAGAGGAAUUUCGUGAUAGUAAAUCUUUUCCUCAUAAAUAAGUUAUUACAAAAUCAGAGUAGCAGUGUAUGUAGUAAUCAAUAAGCAUACUUCAGUGUGUCUCUGUGACUGUGAAGUUGGCCUGUACCAGCACUCAAAACGGACUUGCAGCCCUUCCCUAGGUUUACUGUUUUCCCCUUUUGUAGCCUACUUUUAGUAGGCUGUCUAGUCCUCCAUAAAUUUCAUAAUAGCAUUCCUUCUUUAAAAAAAAAAAACCCAAUACUUGGACAGUAUCCAAAUUGCUGUGCAUCAGCGCCGCUAACUGGGGAUGCCUGGAGGGGACUCAGCUGACUCUCGUCCCUAGUUAAUGGUGAACAGAUGAGCUUCUCAUGAGAUCGGUUGGUUUCUGUCUGCAGUUCUUACAUACUCCUGGGUGUUGCCCUUGCUACAUAUGCAGCACAGUCCCUCCGUGACAUUCUUCCUUUGGUCUCCGGUCAGUAUUCACUGGGGCACCAACAAACAACUGUGCAGCCUUACUGGUUCUCAGAUGCCAGUUUGUACACUGACCUUUCCACAGGUCAGGGCAUAGCGAGAGACACUCUGUAAGUUAUUUGGCUUUUAAGUAUCGUCUUUAAUUGAUCAGAUACACAAAACAAACUCUAAGCUUGGGUUAAUAGCUUGUUUUGUUUGGUUUCUUUGUUACCUCGCUGAAGCUGCUGUAGAAUGUACAAUACAUUUGCUGUUCUGUGCUGUCUGUACACUAACUGUCUCCUUACAGCCUGCCCACUAAAUGCUGUCCACCCCAGAUCAUUUCAUAGUUAGGUCUAUCUGGUUAUUGCCGUUAUUGUCUGAUGUUAAAGAAGUUUCAGUUCUGAGUAAAUUUCCUUGUUCAAGAACAGGUGACUUGCCUCCUCAGAAGGGUGGGGAAAGGCUGGGUCUGCUCAGUGAGGUUAGGAGUGCUUUCCAGUGACAGACUGCCCUCAUGCUUGUAAUAGGGAUGGUUUGGAGAAAGUGUGGCAGUAAAAUGAAGUCCUCACCCAUACUCUUCCUUUCCUUCCAGUAGACUGGAAAAACAGGGUUAAGUCUGUGCACUUGGCCUCUGUACAGUGAGUGUACGUGGUGGAGCAAGACAUUGCAGUAGAGCAGCAGUGUUCUAUGAAUGUGGAAGCUUACAUAACUGUCUCACUCAGGAAUCCCAGGGAUUUCAUUAAGUAACAGCAAAAAUCGUCUCUCUGUGUGUGCGUGUAUGUGUGUGUGUAGGGGGGAGGGAGAGCCUAGAUCUCCCUGAAGAAAACUUGAAGCUCUUACUUAGCCCUUAGCUGCUUGAUGUAACAGUGUCUGCCUACUCUUCCUCCCAAGAGAGACAGCCUUGUCUCUUUUUCUCUGGCUAGCCUCUGUAGCAUGAAGACAGGAUUUCAUUACCUGAAACUUUAAAGAAGGGGGAGGCCAGUCUGGGUGCAGGACUUCAGCUGGCCGUUUGAUGACUGAAGGGGAGCUAAGUGUGUGGAAUGCAUAGCAACAGUGUCAAAGCGUCCUACCCUGCACACUUGCCCUCUUACGGUGGAAGGCUUACUUUACAGGGAGUUCCUGGUCCUAUAUACUUCAUCACUUCUGAGUCCGGUGAUUUGUCACUUGCCUUAGCAACCCUGUCCCCACCCCUAGGACUGUUACAAACAAUCUGCCCUUCUGUUAACUACUUUGCCCUCUGAUUUGAGAUUACCAAAAGAGAACUGUGUGAGAUCAAGAAGCUAAGUAUUUAUUCCAGGUGUGAGAUGAGGCCAAGGCUGGGUGACAGGGAGGGAUAGUGUCGGAAAGCAAGAGAACGGUUGUUUAAGAGGUUACGAAAGCAAAGGGACUAAGCCCAUGAUCCUGUGGAUGGGGCACUCAGGCACAUCAUUAGAGGCAGGCUUGAGGGUUAGCCAGCAUGAGUUGAAGACUUUGGAGAAAGCUCCACUGAGAACAGCUAUUUUCAGGCAGACCACAAUAUAGCACAGGUGUAUUAUAGUUCCAUGUCUGUAACUCAGGGUGCAGGACUGGAAACUCAUCCAGGCAUCAGCUCUGAGUUACUGCUCAGCUCAGCUAACUGGGCAACUGCUGUGAAGGGAGAAAGAGGUGAGAGUGAGCCCUGGGGUCCGAGGAAGCUGAGUGAAAGGACGUGUUUUUCUGUUGACAAGUCAUGGCACACAAAUAAGACUCUUAAAGUUGUUGAUUACAUUUCUUUUUACUUAACGGAAUGCUGGAGGGUCACAAUGCCUUUGUCUUCUGUUCUCUUCUGAAGGCAUUCCUUAUCUGUACCAGUGUGUAUUCGUCUGCUGUGAGUUCAGCUUCAUUUGGUAGAGCAUCAGCUAGCCAUGUUUAAAGCCACUGCAGGUUUCCACUUGUAAGAUUUUAACCUUAGCAGCAGCAUAGUAUAUCUUACGUUUACUGUAUAUCAUAUUACGUGUGGUAUCUUUAAAAAGAGUCAGUUUGAGUGAGCUGUUUUUUGUAUAUCAUAUCACAUGUUAUAUUUUUAAAGAAAAUUACUUUGAGCUAGUUUGUAGGUUGCUUUGAGGCUAGUGUACCUGUCUGAGAUUCAUCUUUUUAUUCCAAGAUUUUGGAAUAAAUUACUCAGAUUUUCAAGUGUUUGCUGCAUUUAUUUGUCUGGUCUAAAGUCUUUAAUAUCAAUACCAGCUUGCUUAUGAAGCAUAUACAGCAUGGUGGUGUUGAUUUGUGUCACUUGGAGAUGUAAAUGAAGAUCAGGAGCAGAUUUGAAGAAAUGCAAAGUGAAUUGGUAGCAGUCAGCAUGUCAGAGACGGAACACAUAGCCUCCAUUUCUUCUGAUGCAACCACUGGGACAACAUCCGAGUUGAAGGACGACUCACGCAUCUCAGUUUCUGGUGAUGAAAGCAGCAGAUUAGAAACGGGAUCUGAACUACUGUCACUGAACCCUGACAGAGUUUUAUGUCAGACUACUGAACAGUGUAGUCAGAAUGAGGUGCAGGAGGAUGAUGUGCAGGAAGGCCGUACUCCAGACUGUGGCAGUGCUGAGCAUUCAUGUGCUGAGACAGACACAUGCCCAGAACAUUCUGAGCAAAUGGAUGACUGUCCUGGCGGAAACUUCGCAAAACCAGUGUCCCACACCAGUGAGCCAGGACACAUGGUAACACAGAGACUGGCAGAGUUCAAGUCAUCUGCACCCACAGAAGCUGGUGAUCCAAAGACCACCUCAGCAAGCCUCUAUGAUACAGACUGCACCAGGAAACUCAUUUCAAAGAUAAAGACUGUUUCAGCAUCGGACGAUUUGUUGGGAGAAAUAGAAUCUGAGCUCUUAUCUGCUGAGUUGGCAGAGGAGCACCAAGUACCCAAUGGAGUGAACAAGGGCGAGCACGCCUUAGCCCUGUUCGAGAAGUGCGUGCACAGCAGGUACCUGCAGCAGGAGCUCACUAUUCAACAGUUAAUUAAAGAAAAUAAGAAUCAUCAGGAACUUAUCUUAAACAUUUGUUCAGAAAAAGACAAUUUAAGAGAAGAACUGAAAAAAAGGACAGAAACAGAGAAGCUACAUAUGAACACAAUUAAACAGUUAGAAUUAAGAAUAGAGGAGCUGAAUAAAGAAGUUAAAGCUUCCAAAGAUCAGCUGGUAGCACAGGAUGUUACAGCUAAAAAUGCCAUUCAGCAAAUCCAUAAAGAGAUGGCCCAGCGGAUGGACCAGGCCAAUAAGAAAUGUGACGAGGCCCGCCAGGAAAAGGAGGCGAUGGUAAUGAAGUAUGUGAGAGGCGAGAAGGAGGCUCUAGACCUUCGAAAGGAAAAAGAAACCCUUGAGAGGAAACUUAGAGAUGCAAGUAAGGAAUUGGAGAAAAACACUAACAAAAUUAAGCAGCUGUCUCAGGAGAAAGGGCGGCUGCAGCAACUCUAUGAAUCGAAGGAAGGCGAAACAACCAGACUCGCCAGAGAAACUGAGAAAUUAAAGGAGGAGAUGAACUCUCACAUCAUUAAAGUAAAGUGGGCGCAAAACAAGUUAAAAGCUGAAGUGGACUCACACAAGGAGACCAAAGAUAAACUCAAAGAAACAACCACAAAACUAACCCAGGCGAAGGAAGAAGCUGAGCAGAUCCGGCAGAACUGUCAGGAUAUGAUAAAGACAUAUCAGGAAUCCGAAGAAAUUAAGUCCAAUGAGCUUGAUGCAAAGCUCAGAGUCACAAAAGGAGAACUUGAAAAACAAAUGCAAGAGAAAUCCGACCAGCUGGAGAUGCAUCAUGCCAAGAUAAAGGAGCUAGAAGAUCUGAAGAGGACGUUUAAGGAGGGCAUGGAUGAGCUACGCACACUGAGAACAAAGACGAAGUGUCUGGAAGAUGAACGUCUAAGAACCGAAGAUGAGCUGUCAAAGUACCGGGAAAUCAUCAACCGGCAGAAAGCCGAGAUCCAGAAUGUAUGGGACAAGGUGAAGGCCGCACAGCAGUUACAGGAACAGCUUUACAGUGGUAAACAAGAAAUUGAACAUUUGAAGGAAGAAAUGGAAAGCCUUAAUUCUUUGAUUAACGACCUACAAAAGGACAUUGAAGGCAGCAGGAAAAGGGAGUCUGAGCUCCUGCUUUUCACAGAAAAGCUCACUAGUAAGAAUGCACAGCUGCAGUCUGAGGCCAGCUCGCUGCAGGCACAGGUGGAUAGCCUCUCCUGCAGCGAAAGUCAGCUGCAGAGCCAGUGCGAACACAUGAAGCAGACCAAUGGUGACCUGGAGAGCAGGUUGCUCAAAGAGGAGGAACUUCGAAAAGAAGAAGUGCAGAGUCUGCAAGCCGAGCUUUCCGCUGUGCAGACGGAAGCCAGAGCCUUGAGCACCCAGGUGGAAGAGCUGAAAGAUGAGUUAGUAACACAGAGGCGCAAGCACGCCUCUAACGUCAAGGACCUCAGCAAACAGCUUCAGCAAGCUCGGAGAAAGUUAGACCAGACUGAGAAUGGAAACUACGACAAAGAUGUGAGCAGCAUGGGAAGUCGUUCCAGUUCAUCAGGGUCACUUAAUGCUCGAAGCAGUGCUGAAGACCGAUCUCCAGAGAACACCAGCUCCUCGGUGGCUGUGGACAACUUCCCAGAAGUGGACAAGGCCAUGCUGAUUGACAGGAUAGUGAGGCUGCAGAAAGCGCAUGCCCGGAAGAAUGAGAAGAUAGAGUUCAUGGAGGACCACAUCAAACAGCUGGUUGAAGAAAUAAGAAAAAAAACCAAAAUAAUUCAGAGUUACGUUUUACGAGAAGAAUCAGGCACACUUUCUUCAGAAGCAUCUGAUUUUAACAAAGUGCAUUUGAGUAGACGCGGUGGCAUCAUGGCGUCCUUGUACACAUCCCAUCCCGCUGAUAGUGGGCUAACACUGGAGCUCUCUUUGGAAAUCAACCGAAAAUUACAGGCUGUUUUGGAAGAUACAUUGCUAAAAAAUAUUACUUUGAAGGAAAACCUGCAAACACUUGGAACAGAAAUAGAACGCCUUAUUAAACACCAGCAUGAACUGGAGCAGAGGACGAAGAAGGCCUAACACAAAGUUCUUGCCUAGUAGACAAACAAGCCACAGAGCAUGGCACUGGUGACUGAAAAUUGUCAAAGGUGAACAAGACAAGUAAUUGAGAAGACAAGAACUGAGCUACAUACCAAAAUGUCUGUUACCUCUUCACUGGGCUCCUGAGAUGCAUGUGACUGUCCUUCAUGACUGCCGUUAUCUUCCCUCCCAAGUGCAUAGGUGUCUGCGGUGUAUAGGGAACCCUGGGUCACACUGUGCUUUCCGUAGAUACUGAUACUCUGUGUAAAGCGACGCUGUCCGGCGAGUCUGUGUACAUUCUGUACUUAUUAAAUAAGCAGUGCCUCUUUACCAAGUCGAAUCUGGAUGGCGUCUGUAGUGGCCACUCUGCACUGCCCGUUAGCAAGACUCUUCCACACUGAGUGUAGUCUUUAAACUGUAGUCUUUAAAAUAAUCAGUCUGCUUCCCCAUGUGUCUUUAUCAAAACCAGCAAACAUGACUGCCAGAUUUGACUUGGAACUUAAACUACAGAUAGUGGAGCUGGACGUUGGUCUCACAGACUAGAAAGUGUCUCACUAGGGCUGGAAACCUUGUGGUGCGAUGCCUUCCGAUGUUUCGUGGCUGCGAACCUCAAGUCCCCACAGUCUCCAGCUUCGUUAACUGUAAAGAAUCGCUCGUGUGCUAGAAUGGGGUUAGUGUCCCCAGGUCACCAUGCAGCCCUAGUUAACAGCACUGGGUUACUUCGCAUCUCUAAAUCUCCCUUCACUUCUACUAUGCCCAUCACAUAAGCCAUUGAUUCUUGGGAAAGUUCCCCUGAAAUUCACACCUAUAAAGUGCAGGUGAUGACAGCAAAGGGAGCGUCCACGAGUCCUCAUAGUUGCCUGCCAGGAAACCGGGGGUAGUGCUCAGAUGUGCUGCUCCUGCUGGCCAGCCAUCAACUGACUCUGGAGCCCCUGCGUAUCAUUUCAGUGUAGUUUGUCUUUAGUAAGUAAUGAACACCCUAAGGACAGGAAAUGUAGCUUUGUUGGCUGGUCACCUGCAUAGGAUAAACCCAGUGGCCAAGUCCCAUGUUGCCCUGAGAAUCCUUUCUGUCACUCGGUUGCCCAUGCUAAGCAAGCAUUUCUUUGGAAUUGGAACUAGCUUGUUCCUCAGUUUGGAGUUUGGUGUGAAUAUGGCCAGAGUGAAGGUUUGAAUGGGAGAACUCUGCUAAGAGUUACUAAACGUCAGCAUCUCUAACUGGGACUCAAGUCAUACUUGACAGAGCGAGCACUUAAGGACUAACUGCAGCUAUUUAAAAUAGGGUUUUUAAAGGCAUGUCCUCGCCUAAAAAUAACACCUUUCAAAAACACAUGGCUAAAUGCCUUCCAGGUGCCACGGCAAGCAAAAAGGCCGAAGUCCCCGUGCCCUCUGAGAGCUGGAUGAUCCAGUUUCAAAACUGUAGUGCAAAAGGCCAUUCUCCAGUGUGUGCUCAUCCUAAGAGCCUGCGUAACUGCAGAGUGCACGUGCUGCCCGCAGCUCUGAACAGCCUACCUCAGUUAGACACGACUCCUGCUUCAGAACACUUAGAUACAGCCAGAAAAACACACUUGACUCUUCUCUCCCCGGUCCCUCAACAGAGGUACGCCCAAAGCAGAAGCUGCAACCAUCUAUCCAGUGCCUGCCUUCUCCAUUUUCUUCCUCCUGUUUAAAUAGGCUUUUACUUACCAUGUCAGUCAAAUGAGAAAAGGGAAAGGGAAAAGGACCUUUAAAGUCCUUUUCACGCUCCUUGUAACCGUUUCCUCAGUAUUAUGACUUGAAGCAAACACUACCAAGACUCCAGUGUUGAAUUCAGGCUUGGUGGAUCCAGCCACUGACAGCCACAGGAUCCUGAAGAAUUUGACCUAGUCAGUGGCUCGAUACGUUAGUGGGCUUGUAAUUUAAUAGCAUCGUGAUGUGGUGAGACGGAGUAAGAACUGGCCGGAAGCAGGCCACUCCCUGCUCCAGGCCCCAUAGCAAUGAAGGCAGCUCAUUCUGGGCUGAGGCCUUGGGAACAGCUAAAAUAAGUCUUCAAACUGCACAAUAAAAUACUAACCAACAUGGACGGAUUUGAGCUUCCAUGGGAGUGCUUCCAUUCAGAUCCCGGGGGCUGCACGCAGCUAGAAGAAAGACUAGCGGCCUUGAACUCAUAGGACUCUCAGGAAAAGUGAAGGGGGAGACUCAUGGGUAGUGAUAAGUAUCCUGGUGGCUGAGCAGUUCCCUGUAUCUGUUUUGAAAACAGGAUUGUAGAUCUGUCUCUUCCAAGGGCGUGGCUGCUUGGGGAGGAAAGAGAAUGUUUGAAUGGUUGCUCUGGUUCUCUUAGUCUGUUAUGUAAUUUAAAGGUGACACUAGCAGUACUGGUAUUUGAAUUGUGGGACUUGCACAGGCAAGCUGCCACACCACAAAACUGUAUUCCUGGCCCUCUUUGUCCUUACCUGAGUCUCACCGAGCUGCCUAAGCUGACUUUGAAUCAACCUACAGUCCCAGGAGCCUUGAACUCACUGCCCAGCCUACUCUACCAGGGCUUGACCUAAGGUUGCCCAUAGGAAAAGUUCUUUAAAGCCACAUUAAGAAAUUGGGGUACUCUGCAUCUGAUUUUUCCCAAGUCAGCCCUGUUUUUCAGAGAUUUAUUAACAAAAAAAAAUGAGGCUUAGAAUAUUAAUCCGGUUUCUGAGAAUUCGAAGUGGGAAUAGUCCUGGUUUAGAGAUGCUCAGGCCAAGGUCAAGUGCAAGUGAGGUCUGUGGGCCAGGACUCCAGGUCCUCCUGUAACUGCUAGUUCUGGGUAUUUCUUCUCAGUAUAAGAAAGACACCUACGACAUGGAUGCAGAUCUUCCUGGAGUUGCUAUUGUGUGUUUUAUUGUAGUUUACUCAAUACCGUGUUUACACAGCAAAAUAGCACUUGGGGCUAUUCUGGUCAGAGAUUAAACACAGCUGGCUGUACAGCUUUUGUUUGUAA